UAACUUUUUAAUUAAUUUGAGCUCUCUGUAAAGAGGAAAGAUGGCUUCCACAUUUACAACGUCUGAGAGUCGAAGACAACUCCAAGAUUGUAAGAAAAGAAACAAGAAUUCUUUGCUUUUUCACCACUUUUUCUGCUCAAACAUACAUAUAUAUAAGUGUGUUUGUUUGUCUUAUGAUUUCAUCUCCCACUGUUCAUAACAACGUAAACAAAUUUAAUCAAAAUCGAAUCCAAUGAUGCGACGCAAUUAUGAAGCCAACGACUCUGAUUUUGCUUCGGCAGUUGCUGCUUCUGCUCAUGCCAUACAUUCUCUUGGUGAAAUAACUCCAAAUCCUAAAACUGCAAGAGCAAAUACCAGAAAACAAGAGCUGCAACAACGAGAUUCAAUGAGAAAGGCAUCUAUGAAAGAGACCAGGGGUUCACCUUCACCCUCUGUUACGCCUGCGAUUUCUUUUACUGGUGAUAGAAGGUAUACACAACCAUUUCGACAAUCAGAUUCUAAAGCAGAUGCUUGGGAAAAGGCUCAGAUAGCCAGGAUUCGUAAACGGUAUGAGAAUCUGCACAAUGACAUUAAGGCUUGGGAAAAUGAGAAGAAAUUGGGAGAGAAACAUCGGAUUGAAAGGAAGAAGGGAGAUUUGGAACUCAAAAAAUCAAGAAACAUGAAGCAUUACUAUAACAAGAUAGCCAGGAUCGAUCAUGUAGCUCAGGGAACAAGAGCACGGAUCGAGGAGAAAAGAAAACAUGAAGAAUCCACCGUGAAAGACAAAGCUAGGGAAAUGAGAGCUACAGGAAAAGCUCCUGUUAGUUGCUUCUGCUUCUAACAAGAC